UCGUCCAUUUUCCGCUUGUGACAGGUUUUUUACUGAGCCUGGACAGAAGACGAUCACAAUGCCAGGAAGAUUGUGGUGCAAGGCUAUCUUUGCCGGCUACAAACGCGGCCUGAGGAACCAGCGUGAGCACACAGCUCUGCUGAAAGUAGAGGGAGUGUACACCCGUGAGGAGGUCGACUUCUACUUGGGCAAACGCUGUGCUUACGUUUACAAGGCAAAGAAGAACACAGUGACGCCUGGUGGCAAGCCUAACAAGACGAGAGUCAUUUGGGGGAAAGUGACACGCGCUCACGGCAGCAGCGGAAUGGUGCGCGCCAAGUUCAGCAGCAACCUGCCCGCAAAGGCUAUUGGCCACAGGGUGCGAGUGAUGCUGUACCCAUCCCGUGUCUAAUGUGGUGGUGUGUACAUAAAAUAAAAAAAAAUCUGUUUCAAAAAUG